ACCCAAAACUAUCCGGGCGAUUACCCCGUUGGCAGCAUUUUUCAUUGGCUACUGAACAGCGAUAACUCUAUGGGAAAUGAACCCAAAUGGACUAUGGCUUUGAUCACGUUUGAUGACAUUGAUCUGAACGUAUAUCAUAGCCUAUCGGUAAAUAACCAAUUGAUCAAGCGCAAAACUGGCAACAAACUCGAUCAAUUACCGGCCGAUAUGGUAGUACCACUACCAUUUAACAUCACGAUGGACACUUGUACUAUGUUCCCAUACGACCAUUUUGGUCAAACAAGUGCUCGGGGCAUAAAAGCCAGGGUAACUCCAGCUAAUUGUGGCGGCGCCUACACUGUUAAACUCGGCCAAGUGUUAACAAUUAAGGGCGUGACCACUGGUAGUCAAUUAGACGUCCGGUGCGUUUUGACAGUUACGGCUCAAGAUGACCCGGAUCAUUAUCCGUUUGAUCGGCAUUUAGUGCUUAUGUAUCCACCCUAUGCCACCCCGUGGGUUGUUUAUGACUCAAAUACGCUCCGGGAUGAUCGCAAAUUAAAACAUGAUCACGUAUGGAAUUAUUGGUAUACCACAUCGACAAAUACUAUGAUUGUUCUUCUAAACCACACCUAUAAUGGUCGUCUAUACGAGCCCACAUUAACCGUAAAGGCACAAGUUUGCGCAAAAAUGUGUGACAAUGGGCAACGUUGUUUAUUACCCAAUUUCCGGUGCAAUGGGGUCGACGAUUGUGGCGAUUGGUCCGAUGAAAGGAAUUGCAACCCUAUGCCCACGUGUCCGCCCAGAGUGACCAAUAGAGGUGGAUCAAUUGCUAAAGGCAAUGAGCAUUUGGGCACAGAUUGCAAUCCGGAUAAACCUCGUCCCACACUCAAUGCCCCGACCGGUAAACUCGCCAUUAAUAUCGCGCCCCACAAACUGGCCGGUCAUACCUGCGAGUGGCUCAUCAACGGGACCGGCGCGUGGGUACCGGCCAUAAUACACAUGGACAUUCAGGCCAUGACCUUGAAUAGCAGGGAUUUGCUCAGAGUCACUACUCGCGAUGGAAAAUCUGUGCUCUACGAACACUACGGUCAAUUGGAGCCAGGUGUAAUUCUAUUGCCUACCGGGCAUAAAGUGGUGAGAGUAACCUUGACCCUGUCAUCUGACCCCUGGGACCGCAAAUGGGACGUUGACUACAAUACUAAGGACCUGAGGGCACAACUGACCCGUAUUGACAGUCCGGGUCGGUAUGUGUUUCCAUAUUCGCACCGGGAUAUGAAAUUCCCGUCGACUGGCCUUGACUUUGAUUUGGUGUUUGAGAGCAGACAUGCGCAAUCUAAGCUACUGAUAAGUAUGGAACCUGGUCAUUUGAAUGGUGGUACAAUCAGAUUCUACCAGGUUGAGAAGUAUGGAAUGGAACAGUUGUUUGAUAGCAAUACUACUCGACCGGAGUUUUUGCUGUCGACGGGUCAACAGAUAGUGGUUAUGAUUAGAGGCUAUAGACGUGAGUCGACGAGUAGUGCGAACAUCAGGUUCAUGUACGAAGUGGUGGACUCGCAGUGCAGUCAAUACAAACAGAUAACCGAGACCCAAAAUGUCACCACUGUACUCCUGCCCGAUACCCAAGCGUUGCAAACAUUACACCAGUUUAAAUGUGUCAACAUUUACGAACACCAUGAUGUUUUGGCCAGAUUUGAGCUACAAUUAGACCAAUUUAAGGCGUUUAUAAACAGCGCCGACAUUAUGACCGUAUCGGACGGUCUGUCCCAACAGUGCCCUCCGCUCGCAGUCAUUGAACGUCAACUGCUGGACACGUAUUGGCGCACAAAGUAUUUGCAAUCGACAACAAACACCAUAACUGUAACGUAUGAGUCGAGACGUGUGGUCAACACUACUCGUAGCGAUGAUAAUUUAAUUGGCAUACAGACGGUGUAUCAUGGCAGCAAUUAUAAAUUUCCGAGUGAUGAACUGACAUAUCAGUUAAGAAUAAACAUGAACACAACAACACACAUACAGUCAAAUCCCGGUAUAUACACGUUUGAAACGGACAACGAUCACCAAUUAGUAUUGGAGCUAAACGCUUCGGUAAUCCUACCAGGCUCAUCCAAUCAGCCGCUAUUUGAUGUCUACAAUAACGUGGAUAGAGAUGUCAGCAAUCGUCACAAGUUAAUCACACUAUACUCGGGCUCAUACGGACCAUCAAUAAUACCGUCAAACACUAAUCAAUUGAAACUAGUGUUAAACCAAUGGGUCGACUAUCAGCUCGUUGUGCGCCGUGUGCUGAGGGAAGGCAAUUGUAACACUACCGCCGACUGGCAUUCAAUCACUGGUUUUAAUGUUAACACACAGUCACUUAAAAGAUGCUGGCUACUUAUGCCCGGUCGACCUGACCGGACAAACACGUCGGUAAUUUUGCGCUGGACCGAGAUCAAGCAUGCCACCCCUGACGAUUGGAUUACCUUGUAUAAAGGUUCCAUGUACCAAGGUCAAGGUUACGAGUCCAUCAUUGGGAUUAUCAAUAUUGGUCUCAUGACAAAUAUGCCCGAUGUAAUAUUGGCAGCUAAUGAAACGUACACGUUGCAAGUGUGGCGUUCUGACAAUGUCUACUCUGUACGCCCACUGCUGGUCACCCUAUCGGUCGAGUACACAAACCGGGAUGUGAUGGAUAAAAACAUUACGUUUAAUGAUCACGAGUUGACCGUAAACACCCCUAACCAUCCUGGCAAUUACCCAGUUGGCAGCAUUUUUAACUGGCAGAUGAAUGGUGAGAUUUCUACGGGAAAUGGACCAAAUUGGACUAUGGCCCUAAUCACUUUCAGUGACAUUGAACUGGCUGCGACGCAUAGUUUAUCGUUAAACAACCAACUGUACAACAGGAAUUAUGAGCCUGAUAAAAUGCCAGCCGAUAUGGUACUGCCACUACCAUUUAACAUCACGAUGGACACUCGUACUAUAGUGCCCCCAUACGAUCCCAUGUUGCCACCCUAUCAUGGUAGUAUUAGUGGACGUGGUAUAAAAGCCAGGAUAACUCCGGGCAAUUGCGGUGGCGCCUACAUUGUUAGACUCGGUCAGCAGAUAACAAUAAAGCCCGUGACAACCGGUAGCCAAUUAGACUACCGGUGCGUUCUUACCGUUACUGCUCAAAGGGACCCUGAUCAAUAUCCGUAUGACACAGAUCGGCAUUUGGUAAUUAAUUAUCUGGCGGAUAUACCUGCUUAUACCCGAUGGGAUGUGUAUGACUCGAAAACGCGCCGGGGUGAUCGGAAAUUCGUGAAAGGCAGAUGGGAUUAUUGGCAUUCAACAUCAACAAACACUAUGGUGAUUGUUCUAAACCACACCGAUGGUGGACUUAUUAACCAACCCACAUUUACCGUAAAGGCACGAGUGUGCGAGAAAAUGUGCGACAAUGACCAACGUUGUAUCUUGCCCAAUUUCCGGUGCGAUGGGGUCGACGAUUGUGGCGAUUGGUCCGAUGAAAGGGACUGCAACCCUAUGCCCACGUGUCCGCCCAGAGUGACUAAUAGAGGUGCGUGGAUUGGCUGGAUAGUGCUUGUUGGGAUGACCACCUUGCUAAUAUCCGGUGCGUUAGUUUGGGCUGUCGUACGGUAUGUCAGCCGUAAGCGUAAUGGCUAUGCGAUUCGCAUCGAGUAGAGUGUGAUUGAGAUAAAUGGAAAUUAAUUUUUUCUGUGACCAAACAAAUAUUGUUUUUGCUAAUUAUUCACUACAAUAAUAAUUAAUACAAUUUAGUUGUAUGCAACGCAC